AUGGAGCAGUUCGCUCACUUGCCCCCGAACCAGCAGGAUGCGCUUAAAAAGCUUAUGUCCUUGCUGGGCCCGGAGGGCGUGACGCAACUUGCGCAGCAAGGCCCCGACGCGGUGAACGCGCGUCUCGACGCGUUUUCAAGCUACGAGAAUGCUCUUCUAGAGCACCUCCAGCAGAGGAUGGCGACUGCCGCGGCGCCCCAAGCGCCACCUUCGUCGUCCGACGCGGGAAUAAGACCCAAGCCGCUCAUGUUGAGCGUGAAGACUUCGAAGGCAAGGAGGAUUUUGCUGAUCCCGCUACACCCCAAUGGUGCGCGUGCCGGAUCUUCUGGUGACUCGGGAUUUCACCGUGAGUCCCAAAAAAAAGUUCGAGUGAAGAAGGAACAAGGGGAUCAAGCGUCUUCGGAAUCGGGAUCGACGACGACGCUGCUGAAUGAAACAAGAUCCACGGAUCGGCAGAGUGCAAGGAGGACCUCUGUCGGCGGAACCGAGGUGGAUCCUGACAUGGAUCCAGAAGAGAAACCUCAACCUCCUCCACAGGUCCCUUCGGGGACCCCGGUGGAUCGCGACGAAAGUCAAGAUCCACUAACAAAACAAACCAAGGCUGGCCAGGAUCGGUAUGCAUUUGCUGACCCUCCAGUGAAACAAGAGCCCUACAUCUUCCAUCCAGACAAUACCCAGACGAAGAAGACCGCUACGAGAAGGAAGAUGAAGGCCCCGGAGCUGGAGGACGAAGAUCCAGAAACCUCGGCCCAGGAUGGAUCCGAGGCAUCAUGGAUCCAUCAUCACGAGAAACAACUACGCAGCUUUCUGACAAUCGGAGCCCUGAUACUUCCGGCAGCCGUUAAGCGUCCAGGAAUCUUGCCCGAGAUGGAACGCCUGAUGCAGCUGCUGAGGGAUGCCGAUCUCGUGGCUGGAGCGUUCGACGCGUCAGUGAUGUACGAGAUCGAUCCAAUCCAACUCCGUGCCACGACGAAGAUGCUGUUCAACCGACUGAAGGUGCUGGUAGGCGAGAUCCAGCCGAAGCCGGAUCCCGCAAUCCCGGAUCCAAGAUCACUACAAGAAGGAUCCACAGGAUGCCGGACGUCGUCACCUUAUGUGUCGGCUGCAGAGCUUGGGUCGGACACGUCUUCGGAGCCGCGACAUGUCACUUGGACCAUCGGGAGCCUCGAUGCUACGCGCCCGAGCCCAGAUCCAACGUGA